AGGAGAAGAAAAAGUUAGAGCUGUCCUGCACAGUUGGGAUGUGUUAGUUUUUGGAUUACCUACUCGUCUUCAUUGCUCAUCUGUUUCAGAAGAUAAUCAUACCCGUUGAAUACUGAGGAGUAACAUAGAAUCAAUUGCUCAGAGGAGGAUGUCUGUGUCGGGGAAGAAGGAAUUUGACGUGAAGCAGAUCCUCAGGCUCCGCUGGCGCUGGUUCAGCCAUUCGUCCCAAGGUUCAUCUGGCGGCGGAGGUGGCGGCGGUGGCGGGGUGGGAGGCUACAUCCAGCAGGAUGGCCUGGAUCACAGAGGAACGCCUGUCCAGGGCCGGCUGAAGAGUCACUCUCGGGAAAGAGGUGUUGGAGGACUACGGAAGACCAGCAGUCCAGUCCACAGCAUCUUAGCACCUACACCAGGGCCCACACCUGUCUGUGUCAGAGCUGGUCAUCAAUCAUGGCACCAUCAGCAGAACACCAUCCAGGGUCUCCAGGUCAACGAGGAAUCUUCAAAGAGCAGCUCCUCGCCCAGCACCACAAGGAAAGAGGAUGCCAACACCGGCCAGGAAGAUGUGAAGAGCAGCAAAGAGGAACCUGCAGAGGUGGAGGCCAGAGAGAGGUUGGCUAUAAGCACCUUCACCAGAAUGAACACCAACUCCUCCGAUGAGUUCUUCCAGGCCACAAACCAUGCAGAACAGACUUUCCGCAAGAUGGAGACCUACCUCCAGCACAAGCAGCUAUGUGAUGUCCUCUUGAUAGCAGGCGAUCACAAGAUACCAGCUCACAGACUGGUCCUGAGCGCGGUGUCCGACUACUUUGCUGCCAUGUUCACCAGCGACGUGAGAGAGGCAAAGCAGGAGGAGAUCAAGAUGGAGGGAGUCGAUCCGGAGGCGCUCAGAUCUCUCGUUCAUUUCGCCUACACUGGCGUCCUUGAGCUCAAAGAGGACACCAUUGAGAGUUUAUUAGCGGCAGCUUGUCUCCUCCAGCUUCCACAAGUCAUCCAGGUCUGCUGCAACUUCCUGAUGAAACAGCUCCAUCCUUCCAACUGCCUGGGCAUACGCUCCUUCGCAGACGCCCAGGGCUGCAUGGAUCUGCUCAACGUGGCUCAUAACUACACCAUGGAACACUUCCUGGAGGUCAUUCAGAACCAGGAGUUCCUGCUUCUCCCCACGGCAGAGAUUGUUAAGCUGCUCUCCAGCGAUGACAUCAACGUCCCCGACGAGGAAACCAUCUUCCAGGCUUUGAUGAUGUGGGUGCGGUAUGAUGUUCAGCAUCGACAAGAGGAUCUGGGGGUGCUCCUCGCUUUCAUUCGCCUGCCUCUUCUUCCUCCCCAGCUCCUUGCAGAUCUGGAAAACAACAAAAUGUUUUCUGAUGAUCUGGAAUGCCAAAAGCUGCUGAUGGAGGCCAUGAAGUACCAUCUUCUCCCGGAGAGACGUCCCAUGUUUCAGAGCCCAAGAACCAAACCUAGAAAGUCUACUGUGGGUGCACUUUAUGCUGUAGGCGGGAUGGAUGCUACCAAAGGGGCCACCACCAUUGAGAAGUACGACCUGCGGACCAACACGUGGGUCCAGGUUGGAGUCAUGAACGGGCGGCGGCUGCAGUUUGGCGUGGCGGUCAUUGACAACAAGCUGUAUGUGGUCGGAGGGAGGGAUGGACUGAAGACGUCCAACAUGGUGGAGUGUUACAAUCCAAUCAAUAAAGUAUGGUCCACCAUGCCCCCAAUGUCAACACACAGACAUGGACUUGGCAUUGCAGUCCUGGAGGGUCCUAUGUACGCAGUGGGCGGUCACGAUGGCUGGAGCUAUCUCAACACGGUGGAACGAUGGGACCCGCAGGCCAGACAGUGGAACUACGUGGCCAGCAUGUCGACACCACGCAGCACCAUGGGAGUCACUGCUCUCAAUGGAAAAUUGUUUGCAGUAGGGGGAAGAGACGGCAGCUCGUGUCUGAGGUCAAUGGAGUGCUUCGAUCCGCACACCAACAAGUGGAGCAUGUGUGCUCCUAUGGCCAAGAGGCGAGGGGGAGUGGGUGUGGCAACGUACAACAACUUCCUGUAUGCUGUAGGCGGACACGACGCCCCCGCCUCCAACCACUGUUCUAGACUCUCCGAUUGUGUGGAGAGGUAUGACCCAAAGACGGACACGUGGACCACUGUGUCCUCCCUCAGUGUUCCGCGGGAUGCGGUGGGCGUCUGCCUGCUGGGUGACAGGCUUUAUGCUGUGGGUGGAUAUGAUGGCCAGUCCUAUCUAAACACUGUCGAGUCCUAUGAUGCACAGAACAACGAGUGGACCGAGGAGGUCCCUCUCAACAUUGGCAGGGCAGGCGCCUGCGUGGUGGUGGUGGUGGUGAAAUUGCCUUGAGCGCUUUGUCUCACGACAGCACGGGAAACAAAUGAGAGAGCGGCGCAGAAGAGUGGACUAGCAAAACAACAGAUCAAGGACACAUCCUUCGAGAGUUCUGCUUUCAUUUCAUUGUCCCUUAACUCAGCUCUCCAGAUUUUUCAGAGGGAAACACAGACAGAGCCUUGCCCAUAAACCAUUGUUUCUAUCAUUAGUGGACAUGUCUGCCCAUGGGGAGAGGACUGCACAUUCUCCACAUUCUCAACCGAUCAAGAAUUUUCAUAGACUUGGCUUGGCUGUAGCAAGAAGCCAAGCCUCUGUUGUUCUGGUUUGUUGAACUAGUUUUAUGAAGUUCUGUGUAUGUCUGUGACAUUUAAUGUGAAAGUGACAUUUUGAGAAAAUAAGCCUCAAACUUAUUUUACAUCCACACAGAGACUUUUCUUAUCAGUGACAUCACAAUAUAGUCUCUAUUUUUGGGUUUGUAUUUCACUUUUUAGCCACACAAUUGAAACAUAAAUGUAACUUAUGUACCAGUGUUGUUCCUUAGUGCGUGGUCCGAACACAUUCUUACUCUUUAUGGGAGAAGACCACUGUGAACACUGAGGGUCUAUGUUUGUCAGGCUCGUUUGAAGAACAGGGGAAACAACAGAUUCUGAAUAAUAGAUUCGGAUGUUUCCUUGACUUCUUUUUUAUGGAGCCUGUAGCUACAGAACACCAAAGUCAUUUGCUUUUCUUAGAAGUCUCGUUACGCAUUCAAUACAAGUUUACAAAAUUGUGAAUUACAGAAAAUAUAUCAUAUUGAUAUUUUACAUUGCUGUACAGAUUUCUGGUGAACUUUCUGAAUAUGUGUUGAUAGAAUCAUGCCUAAACCAGUGCGCUCUGGUGACUACAGUUAUUAAUAUUAUUAUUAUUAUUAUUAUUAUUAUUAUUAUUAUUAUUAUUCUGUCUUGAUUACUGGGCAUGCUAGCUGAUUUGAUUUAUACAACAUUACAUAUCAAGAUCACUGUCUGUAUUUCUAAUGAUGGGAUGCCUUUGGGGUCAUGGAGAUGAUCUUGUAAUAAAAAAACAAACAUUGGAAUAAUCUGCAGGCAUCAAAAAUCUCUUCACUAACAUGACUUUGAUUACAAUUUUUAGAUUUGUAGUUGGUUCUGCUAAUUAAAUUAUAAAAGAAUGACUCACUUGAUCUCAAUAAGAAUAAUUUGUAUCUGUAAUAAAAACACGUUUUGAGGCAAA